GCGCGGCUCCGCCCCUCCGCCCCCAGCGGCAGUUUGCGGCAGGCUGUGGGCGUCCCCGUUACUGUUGGCGUCUCUCUGUGCAGCCAACGUCCAAAGCAGCGCCUCCACUAUGUCACACCAGACAGGAAUACCCGCUACCAGGGAACUAAAGGAUUUCUUUGCAAAGGCCCGCAAUGGAUCUAUUCGUGUUAUGAAGGUCAUAAUCAGAGAUGAGCAGUUAGUAUUGGGGAUGUACAAAGAGCCAUCACAGGCAUGGGACGGAGACUACGACAAUUUCAUCCUUCCCUUGUUGGAGGACUUGCAGCCGUGCUACAUUCUUUAUCGCCUUGACAGCCAGAAUGCACAGGGUUAUGAAUGGCUCUUUAUUUCCUGGUCACCUGAUUAUUCCCCAGUCAGACAAAAGAUGUUAUACGCAGCAACUAGGGCCACUGUGAAAAAAGAGUUUGGCGGAGGACACAUUAAGGAUGAAUUGUUUGGAACAAUGAAGGAGGACGUUUGUUUAGGUGGCUACCAGAAACACAUGCAGUCCCGCUUGGGACCAGCGCCACUUACAGCAGCUGAGGAAGAACUGAAGCAGAUUAAGAUUAAUGAGGUGAAGACUGAGAUCAGCGUCCAAAGUAAACACCAGACAAUGCAAGGUAUUGCAUUUCCAAUCCAGGAAAGUGCCAUCACAGCUAUUCUCUUACUCAAAGAGAGGAAGAUAAAUUACAUCCAACUGAAACUAGAUAUAGAGAAGGAAACCAUUAACUUGGUGCAUACUGAUGUCACUGACAUACUUGACUUGCCAAAGAGGAUCCCAAAUAAUGCUGCUCGCUACCAUUUCUUCCUGUACAAGCACUCGCAUGAAGGUGACUACUUAGAGUCUGUUGUAUUUAUCUACUCUAUGCCAGGGUACAAAUGUGGUAUUAAAGAUCGAAUGCUGUACUCCAGCUGUAAGGGCCCUCUAUUGGAUGUGGUAGAACAGCAACUACAACUGAAAGUCGUCAAAAAGAUUGAGAUCGACAAUGGCGAAGAGCUAACGCCAGACUUUCUUUAUGAAGAGGUCCACCCUAAACAGCAUGCCUUCAAACAAGCCUUUGCAAAGCCCAAAGGACCGGCAGGAAAACGUGGACACAAACGAAUUAUUAAAGGAACUGCAGAGGCUGAAAAUGGAGAGGACUUUUAAAUCACAGUCAGCAUUGAGGGACUUUGAACUUUCUAUUCUAACACUAAAUUUAAAAAAUUAUAAUAGAAUAUUAAUUUACAUUGGUUAAACCUCUUAACAUUUACCUUUUUCUCCCAAGAUACAAUAAGCACCUUUUUUGAUUUUUUUUAAACUUUGUUUGCUGACAGCUUGUUACAGACUUUUGGGAGAGUUUUUUUAUCUGUACAAAGACUGUCAUGUCAUCAUCCUACAAAACAGAAAUUAAUUAGCAGUGUUUUAUAGCAUCUGUGUAAUUACUGCCUUAUUUACUUGGCAACAGCACAAACGGUCUAUUUUCCCACUUGCAUGGAAUCAGAUCCACUACCGAAUGCAUUACAAUUAUAGCUAACCUAAGGGAGGCAACUUGCAGUUUGUCAGAUUCCCUCAAAGGGCAAUUCAGUGUGAUGUUUUCAAGAUUUGACCAAAAGCAUCAAAACUUAAUGCUUAAUUUGAAGGACAAUGGAUGAGAAAUGCAAUUAUUUCAUUGCCAACACUACAUGCUAUCCACAUUCAGAAGUGCUAUCAAAAUUUGCAUUACCAGUUUUUAUGCACCGUAAUCAGAUUUGAAACCUUUAAAGAUAUGGGUCCUGGGAAUCCAUUGUCUGGUUUUAAAAGGUUGAUGUCCAGGCCAACAAUAGACCACUAAGGGCCCAAGUGCGCACUGCCAUGGCACUGCCAGGGGACUCAGAUAUUUUACCCCUGCACCAAACUGACAUAGAGUGAAUCCAUAAACACCACAGAGAAUUAACCUCAUACUCUUCCAACAGAUAGUGAAGGAGUUGGAAUGUAUAACCAUAAUAGUUAACUAUAGAAAAUGGGCAGAUUGACCAUCACCAGAAUACAAAAUUUCAUUCAAAUGUCUGCCUCUUUAGCUGUUCCCAGCUCCGUACUACCCUUCAACUUUGUAAGUUUUGGUUACUUUGAAACAUGACUUCCUGAUUUAUUUCUGAAGGGACAGGUGCCCAGUGUAAGCCAGUUUGGCUUAUCAUCCUUAUUUACCUUUUGUAUAUAAUUAGAGUUCUCUACACAAGGAGAACAGGAAAUUGAAUCACAAUGUUCAUCUGAAUCUGACUCAAACCUAAUUCCUGAUUCAGAAUUUGUUUUGUUUUUGUUGAAGGAGUGUACGUUCCCAUACUGUAAGUUAAUUCACAUAAUGCACUUAGCUUUGGUGUAGCUGUAAAUGGGGAAUGUGUCUGAAUUUACAGCUGUAGUGUCUGUAGAACUAAAACCAUGGUACUUGUACAACUGAUUCAAGUAGAUCCUGAGACUAAUCUGGGCAACAAUGACAAGAGAGGCUUUACUCUGCACCUUUCACUGGCAUUUCCUUUCAGUGUCGAAUUUUGAUCAUUUCUGAAUGAUAAUAAAUUAAUUUUAACUUGUUUAAAUCACACAGUUUUUAAAUUCAUAAUGUCUAAUGAUUGCUGAAGGCAGAAUGUCUAUUUAGGUGUGAGCAUAUAGAGUAAGCCUUUAAUUCAUUAUUUAAAUUUCUAUUGAAUUGAUGGCAUACAAUCACUAGCAUUGUAGAUAGAGAUCUCACAAUGAUCAACUCCUUCACAGAGCAGAAGAAUGCUUAAUUCUUUGGGACUUUGCCACUUGAGCAAAUAGAAUGUUUUGAGAAAGCUCCCGCAUUUUGCAUCUUGUUGGAAACAUAGAGUGGUGGAGUUAUUAAAAAAUCAUAAAAAUGUUUUUUUUAUUUUGAAUAAAAUAACCAGACUGUACCCCAGCCAGUAAUUCCAUCUCCAUCCUUACAGUAUCUUAGUUAUUGAGAAACAACCCCUUGUCUCAGUGGAAAGUCUUUCAAAACAAGAUGUCCGUGGUAUUCGUUACCAGCACUUGCCUCUGAUUCAGAAAGCUGUGGGUUCGAAAUCUGUUCCAAGAGGCUUGAGUACAUGUAUUUAAAAUUGCACUCCACUGCAGAAAUGAGGAAAUACUGUACUGUGGGGGUCUCAUCUUUUAAAUGAGAUAUUAAAACAAGACCCUUUCUACUCUCCCUGGUGGAUGUAAAUACAAGAGGAGAGUUAUCCCUGGUAUCCUGGAGAUAUUUAUCCCUCAACACCAGAAAAUUAGAUGAUCUGACCACUACCACAUAGCUGUGUUUCCUUCAUGACGACAAUGGUUACCAUUAAAAUACUUAAUUGGCCAUUAAACUCUUUGGGACACCCUGAAGAUGUGAAAGGCACUACAAAAAUAUAAGCUUUUCUUUUCUCCAGCAUUAUCCAAAGACAAGCUCAAAUUUAUGCAUGGCACAACAUUAAUUAAAAUAGAUUAAUUGUGAAGGACUUCAGGUCAUUGUGAGGGCACAAGCAUCGUCCACAAGUGUAAGAUCUGUACAAAACAAGCUUUCUGUAAGAAACAAGAGCCAUGGAUAGGGUAUUUUGUUAGAGCUCAUGCAAAAGUUAACUUGUGCAUUUCCGAUCAGAAUCCAAAUAUUAAAAGACAUCAGGUUGAAAAUGUGGGAGCUGUCAUACGUGUUGCUGUUUGUUGCUGAUUAUCAUUUACAG